GCCCCUAUUUGUGACGCCCAAUAAAAAAAUACCUCUCUCUUUCCCAGGACCAAACUCUUCUUCCAUCUCUUUCCAAAACAGAUUUGUGCUUAUCCUUACAAUAAAUACUGAAACUCCCCUCUCUCAUUGCUUUACUGCCUCCUCCGAACAUCAUAAGAACAAAACAUUAAAAAACAGUUCUUUCUCUCUCUACAAGAACUUCAGGAUGAAGAUACCUCAAGUAUAUAUAAGGCUAGUCUAAAUCAAACAUAUCUCUACUCUCUAGCUCACAAGUAGCAGCACCUACAACUUGUAUGCCAAUAUGAGCCAGUGUGUUCCUAGCUGGGACGUCGAAGACAAUCAAACCCCUCAUCGGCUUACUGUCCGUGCUCACUCAAAUUCCAAUAAUUCCAAUUCUCUUCCGCAUGAUGUUCCCAUGUUAGACUACGAAGUGGCAGAGCUAACAUGGGAAAAUGGGCAGUUAGCGAUGCACGGUUUACGCCAUCCGCGCUUGCUUAACAAACCUCCGGGCAACUCAUCACUCACCAAAGACCCGUGGGAGAAGCCCCGUGCCGGCGGAACCCUAGAGUCCAUAGUCAACCAAGCCACACGUCUGCCCCACUGCAAAACCGCCUUGGUGGACGGCGGAGGCAACGACUUCGUGCCAUGGCUGGACCACCAGCAGGCGGUAGCGGCCGCGGCCGCCACCAUGACUAUGGACGCGCUGGUGCCGUCUCCCAACAGAGCAGCGGAGGAGGUGAGGUCCACGCACGUGCCCGUGGUUGGCACGUGCGUGGUGGGGAGCUCGACGCAUGUUGGGUCUUGCAGCGGGGAAGCCACGUUUGAGAACACCAGGGAUGAGGAGGCGCUGAAGCGUGCGAGGAGGGUGGCACGUGUGCCGGUGGCCGUGGCACACGAGUGGAGCAGCAGGGACAACAGCGUCAGUGGGAGUGCCACGUUUGGGCUGGAGAGUCAGCAAGUGACGGUUGACACGCGCGAGAGAGAACUGGGUGUGGAAGCGUUCACCUCUACUUCCAUGGGGUCGCAGGACACGAGCUCCGGCAAGCAGUGCACGAAGGCGACAACAACCGACGACCAUGACUCCGUUUGUCACAGCAGACCACAGAGGAGGGCUGGCGAAGAGAAAGACAAAAAGAAAGCAACUGGGAGAUCCUGUGUCUCAACUAGGAGUAGGGCUGCUGCUAUCCAUAACCAAUCUGAACGUAAAAGAAGAGAUAAGAUAAACCAAAGGAUGAAGACAUUGCAGAAGAUGGUCCCAAAUUCCAGUAAGACCGAUAAAGCUUCAAUGCUUGAUGAAGUGAUUGAAUAUUUGAAACAAUUGCAAUCUCAAGUAAACAUGUUGAGUAGAGUGAACAUGUCAUCCAUGAUGUUGCCAAUGACCCUGCAACAGCAGCUCCAGAUGUCUAUGAUGACCCCAAUGAGUAUGGGAAUGGGGAUGGGGAUGGGUGUCAUGGACAUGAACACGAUGGGCCGCCCUAACAUCGCGGGAAUCCCUCCGGUUAUUCCCCCGGCUGCCUUCAUGCCCAUGGCUUCGUGGGAUAGCACUGUGGACCGACUAGCCAAUCCUUCAACAGUAAUGGCCGAUCCCAUGUCCGCAUUCCUGGCAUGCCAGUCACAGCCCAUGACCAUGGAUACAUACGGUAGGAUGGCUGCCUUGUAUCAGCAAAUGCAACAAACAUCUGCAGCUUUUGGUACCAAGAACUAGAUGUAACGUUACACUUCACAUUCAUCAUCUUUUACCUUAAUUCAGCUUAGAGUAGUAAUGAACUUGGAAAAACAUAGGAAUUAGGAUAUGUUUGGACUCUUUCAUACGUUUGGACGUGUUUAAUGUUGCUGUUACUUUGAUUAUAUAAUAAUAUAAUAGUAGUGUGAAUAUUUUGGUGUUA